GCUUACUUGCAAAACUUGUGCCUUCCUCUAACCGCGUCGACAGUAACAAACACCAACACCCGGUGGCUUAUCCCACAUUUGUCGAUCCAAAGAUGGCGUGUUAAGGGUGAUUCUCCGCAACGGCAAUCAGGUUUUGCAGGGCACCGCCGUCGCUGCAGUUUACGAUUUGUUUCCAAAUUCGUACAGUAACACGUCUAGAUACGUAUUCGUGUACCGUCUCCAGGUACAUCCUGACUCACCCCAUGCGCAUUCCCAGGGUGGUUGAGACGAUUACAAUGAGCCGGCCAAUGUGAAGCACUGCGCGACUGAGGCCUCGCGGGUCUAUCCUUUGAUGCUCGCAUGAUUUAUGAUUUUCGGUCCCAAUUGGUAGCGAUCAGAAACUCCCUGGACGAGGAUGACCUCUAUACAGUUUCUCCGUGGUUUUCCAACUGCCUUGCCGGAUAUGAGACCAACUGUCCGGUGCUUAAUGCCGGAUAAUACAAGAACGGCCAGGUUUCUAGCUCAAGAAGAAAAAAAAAACGAAGAGACAGGCAUAUCGCUGCUCCGAUGCAAAACCAGCGAAAAUUUGAUGUCGAGUGGUACUGCCCGAAGGAUGGUGAAACAAGAAAGGCUAAAACAUUUCCACCCAGGUUGAAAUCCCAUAUUUCAGCCUUUUAAGUAGAAGAGAUCCGCAAACCUCUUUCAUGGACCAAAAUCCCUUCUCCCGCAUGCGCUCCUUAUCUUCGGCAGCCUGCUACUAUUCACAUCACAUCCGCUUUCCGGCCCAUCAGAAACUAGAUAGACGCCAGAAAAGAAAAUGCACAUGAGAAGUUUAAUGAGCAAUGGCGUUCCGGCAGGGCAGCCGCGAUGGCUCACUGGCACCAAGAUUGCCAUGAUCCUCCUCUCACUCGUUAUCGUGGGCCUCUCCGCGUUCGCCAUUACCAUUAUCAAGACCUUUGGCGAGCGCCGUUUCGCCGGCCCCGGCUCAGCAGCCUUGUUCAUAUUCACAGCCGUCAAGACCGUGGUGUUGUACGUCUCGGCAAUCGUGGUAGAGAAGAAGGUGCCUCACUUCUUCUUCCGCGUCCUCUUUGUUGUCUCGUAUGGCUUCAGUGUCUUUUUCUGGGCUGCAACCUGGGUCUUUGGUAUCAGAAUCACGCGGUUUUGGUUCGCCGCUGCCGAUAGGUUCAACGACACCAGCCGAUUUGGUGAUCUUGGCGCGAGACUUAAGAAAGAGGGCACUGUCAUGGCGGCGGUAACGGCCAUUUCAUUUGUCGUGUCGGUCUUGACACUUGUCCAUAUGAUAUUCUUCGUCAAGGCCUGCAGAAGGGAGGGGCCAGCUGGACCCUACGCCCAGCAGGCCGAGCUUGGUCAGGUCCCAUACAAGAUGAAUAGCACCCAGGGGCCACCGAUGCCUCCUCAGCAGUACCCCUACUACCCCGAGCCGGUAUAUGGCCAGCAGCAGGAUAUGUACCCGCCGCCGCCGCCAGGGCAGCAGCCAAUCUAUCCCCCACCAGCGGGCCAGUACCCGGGGCAAUAUCCGCCCCCUCCCCAUCAAGCAACAAAAUGAGGGCCGGGAUCAAAAAUGUUACGAGGGUCAGAAUGAUAUUCAUGUUAGUCCUGCAGGAUUGGAUUAAUGAGAGAGCAGGGAGGGAGCUGCAUGUAACGGCACAAAGAACCUUGUUGACUGCUAGUCAGCAUCAUGAAUGUUGGGUUCUCAGCUACGUUCCGAAAAUACACGAAAUUAUGACGACUUUACAGGUUGGCGCG